AUGGAUUUCCUCAUCAAAUUUGCUCAGGCGCAUGAGACGUUUCGGGUCCCUGAGAUCGAGGCUUUGGCCUUGGUUGAAGGCCUGGACAUGAAAAUAGUCGACUAUAGCCAAGAUUCCCCAUUCUGCAUCGUGCACCUUGAUUCGGUUGAAUCGGCUAAGCGUCUGGCCAAGAGAUCCAUUCUCAUUCAAUCUAUCCAUGAACUCUGGGGCAAAGGAAGCACACUGGAUGAACUUCAUGAAUCAGUCAAGACAAACACAUCUCAUGUUUGGGAUAGUUAUCUUGGAAAAUCAUUCAAGUUCGAUGUUGACCCAUACCAAGGAACUCGUUCAGCCAAAAAGAGGAUCGAACUUAUCAACUCUUUCCGAUUUCUGGGCUGGACUGGGCCUGUGAAAAUGACCAACCCUGACAACUUGUUUACCAUCUUCGAGAUGUGGCCCUAUAACAGCGUCCCCUUGAAUAUUCCGGACCCUACAACAAUGUAUCUCGCACGGCAUGUAGGGAACUCAUCGAGAGAACUCUUGGUCAAGUUCGACCUAAAGAAGCGAGGAUAUAUCUCAACCACAAGUAUGGACUCUGAGCUCGCUCUCGUCACCGCCAACCUUGCGCUUGCGGCCCCUGGCAAGCUAUAUUACGACCCGUUCGUUGGGACUGGUUCCUUUCCCAUCGCCUGUGCCCAUUUCGGUGCCCUUGCAUUCGGAAGCGAUAUCGAUGGUCGAAGCAUCCGCGGCGAGGGUGGCAACAAGAGUUUGAAAGGCAAUUUUGACCAGAAACCAACUUAUGUGCCACCUAAGAAGCCUUAUAGCUUUCUGGUGAUGCUCGAUGAUAUCUUGAGUUUUGCAGCCGAGACUCUGGUGGAUGAAGGGCGAUUGUCAUUCUGGAUGCCAACAGCUAACGAUGAAGACCAAGAGAUUCCCGUACCCAGCCAUCCUCGCAUGGAAGUUGUGUCUGUCUGCACCCAACCGUUCAACAAGUGGUCAAGGAGACUCAUCACCUAUCGUCGGCUCCCCGACUCACAGGUCUCGCAAGAAGCCCUCGAGGCUUACACAAAUAGACAGAAGCUCACAUUGAACGGAACAUCGGCAGACGAACUCAACCCGUUUCGACGUGGAUAUUUCAAUAAGUUCGAGGCUGAAGAAUAA